AUGGCCGACACGGAAAUGGAAAUUGACCAGCCCGAGCAGCAGGAGCCCGAACCCUCCUCUGCGGACCCCAAGGCCAGCGACGCGCGCACAGCAGCCGGCGCAACAGCUGUACGCUCAAUCGAAGGCUGGAUCAUCAUUGUCACGAAUGUACACGAGGAAGCGACGGAGGAGGAUCUGCAGGACAUGUUUGGCGAGUUUGGCACCAUCAAGAACUUGCACAUGAAUUUGGACCGCAGGACAGGUUACGUCAAGGGUUACGUUCUCAUCGAAUACCCCACACUCGACGAGGCCAAGGCCGCGAUCAAGGGCGCAAACGACGAGGAGUUGCUCGAGCAGAAGAUCACCGUCGACUUUGCCUUCGUACGACCACCACCGGCCAGCAAAGGGCGCGCACGCGAGCACGACAGGCGACAAAGCGGACGCGGAGCUGCUAGAGCAAGAAGCAGGAGUCCAGGGCGCGACGGCGAGGACAUGGAAGACUGA